UGGUCCGACUUAAAAGUCCUCCAUUAUUGUUUGAAAUUUCAGACCCAACACUCUUACCAUAAUCCAAACUCUCUCUAACCUUUCUUCUCAAUUCCCAUGGAUCUGCCUUCACCCUCCUCUUCCUUCGGCUAUGCAUUCACCUAUGAUGUGUUUCUCAGCUUCAGAGGUUCUGAUACUCGUCAUGGUUUUACCGGUAAUCUCUACAAAGCUCUCUGUGACAAAGGAAUUCAUACAUUCAUUGAUGAUGAAGAGCUACGCGGAGGGGAUGAAAUCACGCCAUCACUUGUCAACGCCAUUCAAGAGUCCACGAUUGCCAUACCUGUCUUCUCUGCCAACUAUGCUUCUUCUUCUUUUUGCUUAGACGAACUUGUCACCAUCACUGAUUGCAUUAAGGCAAAGGGUCGACUGGUUUUGCCAGUUUUCUAUAACGUUGACCCUUCUCACGUGCGACAUCAGACUGGGACUUAUGCUAAAGCAUUGGCUAAGCAUGAAGCAAGGUUCAAGAAAAACAAGGAAAAGUUGAAGGGUAACAUGGAGAGGUUGAAGAAAUGGAAGAUGGCUCUUAAUCAAACAGCUAACUUGUCCGGACGUCAUUACAAACACGGGCAUGAAUAUGAACACGAGUUCAUUGGGAAGAUCGUCGAAGAGGUAUCUAGAGCGAUUAAUCGUGCUCCUUUACCUAUUGCUAAUUACCCAGUGGGGCUGCAGGCUCCUAUGGAAAAAGUGAAUUCACUGCUUGUUGUGGGAUCUGAUGAUGGAGUCCACAUUGUAGGCAUCCAUGGAAUUGGAGGAGUUGGUAAAACGACACUUGCUCUAGCUGUUUAUAAUUCAAUUGCCGACAGUUUUGAUGGUUCAUGUUUUCUUGAAAACGUGAGAGAAACUUCAAAGAAACAUGGGUUACAGCAUCUCCAAAGCAUCCUUCUUAACAGAACAGUUGGAGGGGAGAAGAAAAUUGUGUUAACAAGUGUCCAAGAAGGAAAGUCAAUGAUAUCGCAAAGGCUAGGGCGAAAGAAGGUUCUGUUGAUUUUGGAUGAUGUUGACGAGCAAGAUCAAUUACAAGCAAUCGUGGGAAGACCUGAAUGGUUUGGUCCUGGUAGCAGAGUUAUCAUCACAACUCGGGAUCAACAGUUGUUAGCAAGUCAUGAUGUUAAUACAACAUAUGAGUUGAAUCCGUUGAGUGAGGAAGAUGCUCUUCGAUUGCUUAGUUAUAAAGCUUUUAAAUCGGAAAAUGUUGAUACAAGUUAUGCUGAUGUCUUGAAUCGGGUAGUAAAUUAUGCUUCGGGUCUUCCAUUGGCUUUGGAAGUAAUAGGUUCUAAUUUGUGUGGAAAAAGUAUAGAAGCAUGGGAUUCUGCUAUAAAUCAAUAUGAAAGAAUUCCUAGUAAUAAAAUCCUAGAGACACUCAAAAUAAGUUUUGAUGCGUUGGAGGAAGAAGAAAAGAAUGUUUUUCUCGACAUUGCUUGUUGCUUCAAAGGAUAUGACUUGGUAGAGGUCAAAGAUAUACUCCAUGCUCAUCAUGGUUACUGUGUGGAACAUCAUAUUCAAGUUUUGAAUGACAGAUCUCUCAUAAAAGUGAGUGAAUAUUACAGUGACAAAGUGACAUUGCAUGACUUGAUAGAGGACAUGGGUAAGGAAAUUGUUCGACGUGAAUCGUCAAAAGAGCCUGGAAAACGUAGUAGACUAUGGUUCCAUAAAGAUGUGGUUCAAGUUUUUGAGCAAGAUGAGGGAUCCAAUAAAAUUGAAAUCAUAUUUCUAGAAUUUCAAUUUUCUGAAGAAGAAGAAGUAAAAUGGGAUGGAGAUGGGUUGAAGAAGAUGAAAAGUCUGAAAACUCUUAUUAUAAAAAAUGGUCGUUUUUCUCAAGGCCCCAGUCAUCUUCCAAAUAGUUUGAGAGUAUUGGAAUGGCGGAAAUAUCCUUUAGAGUAUUUACCAUCUCAUUUUUGUCCCAACAAACUUGCUAUAUGCAAAUUUGACAGGAGUUGCAUUUCAUCACUCGGGUUGAGUGGCUUAUUAUUAAAGAAGGUAGAUCAUCUAUGUAACAUCUUGCAUUUUGAUUUAAAUAAAAUAAGAUUUAUUAAAUCCAUCCCUAAUGUAUCUGGUCUCCAAAUUUUAGAAAAGUUGUCGUUUCAACAUUGUAGCAAUUUAUGUAGGAUUCACGACUCCGUUGGGUUACUAAACAAUCUUAAAUUCUUGAAUGCGUGGGGAUGCAAGAGGCUUAGGUGUUUCCCCCCACUCAACUUAACCUCACUUGAAACUCUCGAUCUUUCACAUUGUCUUAGCCUUGAGAGCUUUCCCGAAAUAUCAGUAAAGAUGGAAAAUAUGACAGAAUUGCUCUUGCUUGAGUCUCCGAUAAAAAGGUUCCCACGUUCAUUUAUAAAUCUUACUGGGCUUCAAACUUUAAUAGUGACUUCAUGUUCGACCUCCGAUGUUGUUGCUCCCCUUCUCCGUCGGGACAUUGUCACAAUGCCAAAACUGUCACUCAUUUCAAUUACGGGAAUCGAAGGGUGCAUAGUGCAUAACAAAGAAGAUGAGGGGGAAGAAAAAGUGAGCUCUUCAAACGUAGAGACAAUUUGUAUGCAAAGAUGCAAUCUAACAGAUGAUUUUUUUCUGUUAGUUAACGCGUGGUUUCCUAAACUUUAUCUUCACAACUGCAAACAUCUUCAAGAAAUUGAAGGGAUUCCACCGAACUUGAAAAUAUUCAAUGCAAUUGGAUGCACAUCCAUGACUCCCUCGUGCAGAAGCAAGUUACUGAACCAGGAACUGUAUGUGGCAAGAAAGACUAUUUUUCCAGAUGACUGUUACCCAAGCACUAUAAAUAAUUUUAGUUUACCAGGAUCAGAGAUUCCAAACUGGUUUGAGCCCCAAAGCAUGGGAACAUCAAUAUCUUUCCGGUUUCGUAACAGGAUCCCUCGAUUAGUUUUCUGUCUUGUGGUACUUGGACCCGCAGUGAGAAAUGAGAACCUUAAAUUUGUCCAGAUAAUCAAUGGCAUCAGAGAACCUGUCUAUAUACCUGGAAUUGAUUAUAUUAAACAAGAUCAUAUAUAUCUCCUUCAUUUCGGGAAGAUGACUUAUGAACAUGAACUUCUAAACCAAUGGAACCAUGCAGAGAUAAGUGUUGUUGAUGAUAGUGGAAUGUCACGUAAGAUACUAGGCGGAAUGCAUGUAUGCAAAGAGGAAUAUGAUAUGGAGGAUAUUCAAUUCAUUGAUCCUCGUGGAAAGAGAAAAUUAGAUGAUGAUCUUGAUACCUCAGAAUCACAGCACCAUCAGCUGCGGAAAAAGCAUAGAUUUGUGGACUCGCAAGUUUCUGAGACACAAAUUGUGCAGCAGCAACAAGGAACAGGUUUUUUGUCACAUGUGAAGAAUUGGGCACGUAGUGUUUUCUCAUUUCUUCCUACUCCAGCAAUGCAAUCAUUGGAUGAUCAUGUGAAUGAAAAUUCAUGGUCUUUGGCAUCAAAUGCAGAUAAUGGACAGCACUAA